UACAACGUAAAAGUAACUGUAGUUAAAAACCCUCUAUGUCCCUUCGGCUAACAGUGGCCUUUCUUCUGGCUGUCUUCUCUGAGACGGUUUUAUUUUGUUUUUGUGGGGGUUCCGGAUUUUAUUUUUAUAGUUCUGCUCUUAUGUUUUUAUUUUAUUUUUGUUUUAUCUUUUAACUGGCUCUUGCUUCAUGUGUUCAAGCCUCUGCUGCCAGUGUGGCGUGCCUAUCCCGCCGAACCCAGCUAACAUGUGCGUGGCAUGCCUGCGCUGCCAGGUGGACAUCACGGAGGGCAUCCCCAAGCAGGUCACCGUGCACUUCUGCAAGCAGUGCGAGAGGUAUCUUCAGCCUCCAGGAACUUGGAUCCAGUGUACCUUAGAAUCAAGAGAGCUUCUUGCUUUGUGUCUCAAAAAAAUCAAAGCAUCGCUUAGCAGGGUCCGGCUGAUCGACGCAGGCUUUAUUUGGACUGAACCACAUUCUAAGAGACUUAAAUUAAAACUAACUGUACAGAAAGAGGUGAUAAAUGGAGCAGUUCUUCAGCAAGUAUUUGUGGUGGAAUAUAUGGUUCAGUCUCAAAUGUGUGAAGACUGUCAUAGAGUUGAAGCUAAGGAUUUCUGGAAAGCUGUAGUUCAAGUCAGGCAAAAGACUCUGCACAAAAAGACUUUCUACUAUUUGGAGCAGCUGAUUUUAAAACACAGACUUCAUCAAAAUACACUUCGCAUCAAAGAAAUCCAUGAUGGUCUGGAUUUUUAUUAUUCUUCAAAGCAACAUGCCCAGAAAAUGGUAGACUUUCUUCAGUGCACAGUUCCAGCAAGAUCAAAAUCUUCUCAACGUUUGAUCUCUCAUGAUAUUCAUAGUAAUGUCUACAACUACAAAAGCACUUUCUCUGUGGAAAUUGUUCCAAUAUGCAAGGACAAUGUUGUUUGUCUGUCUCCAAAACUGGCGCAGAGUCUUGGAAACAUGAGCCAGAUCUGUGUGUGCAUUAGAGUAACAAGUACCAUCCACCUCAUUGAUCCUAGCACUCUGCAGAUUGCUGAAAUUGAUGGAAAUACUUACUGGCGCCACCCUUUCAAUAGCUUGUUCCAACCGAAACAACUAGAGGAGUUUAUUGUUAUGGAUAUCAACAGAGUUCAAGAGAAGAGAAAAGGUGCAGGUGCAGGGGCAAGAUCAAACAAACACGCGCUGGCAGAAGCCUGGGUACAGAAAACUUCGGAGUUGAAUACGGAUCAUCAGUAUUUCUGCUGUACUCACUUAGGACACAUUUUAAAUCCUGGAGACCUUGUCCUGGGAUUUGACUUGGCCAAUUGUAACUUAAAUGAUGAGUUUGCAAAUAAGAUGAACCCACAGCAUAUUCCUGAUGUGGUAUUAAUAAAGAAGAGCUAUGACCGUACCAAACGCCAGCGUCGCAGAAACUGGAAGCUGAAAGAGCUGGAAAGGGACAGAGAAGGCAUGGAUACAGACGAUGAAAGACAAUACCAGGACUUCCUUGAAGAUCUCGAAGAAGAUGAAGCCAUAAGGAAGAAUAUCAACAUUUACAGAAAUUCAGAUGUUCCAGUGGAGAGUGACACAGAUGACGAUGGUCCUCCACGAAUCAGUCUGGCUGAAAUGCUAGAGGAUCUCCAUAUUUCCCAGGAUGCCACUGGUGGGGAGGGAGCAAGUAUGAUGACUGAAUAAGAACAGUGCGUUAAUAUAUGCAAUAAAUAUCCACCUGGGGAGGAAAAAAAAUACCCCAAAUUCCCGAUACAUACCUACAUGUGACAAGCUGUAAUUGUUAGACACUGAACUAGGAAAGUAAUGUGAUAGAGAUCACUGUACCCCUAAAUCUUGUUACUGAAUGAUUAUAUUCCAGAGGAUCAGCAAGUAAAGUUAAAUCUCUGGUGGAGGCAUUGCAGUGUAAGUUCCGCAAGUUCCUCACACGUCCCUGAACGCUUUCUCCCCUUAACUUGUGCAGCAUAAAGACCAGCUGACUAACUGCUGGGCUGUCACUAAGAGUAAUGACUGUCUUGUACUUGAGACACCUGAUAAGGAUGGAUGUCCAGAGGGAUAGAUCUUAUUCUAGUUUGCUAGACUUGUAGGUAGAGUAUCUUACCUACUCUUUAUUACUUUCAUUUCUUCAUCUACAAGACAAAUUUUCCUGUCUUAAUCUUUUUAGCACAGUGGUUUGAAGUUUUACAUGAAGGUGCUAGAUUACUCUCCAUUAUAAUAAUUUGGGGAAGGUCAAGCAUGCGUGUCCUGUUCCUGUGGUAAGGCAACUCCAAAUGUACAUGUUGUGUACACAAAAAAACUUCCCUGUAAGUUGAUGAAAGGUGCAGCCCCAUGAAUCAGAAAGAUUGGAAACUUCUCUUCACUGUAAUGAAUAUUGUGUUGUGCGUAAUCUCUAAUACAACAGAGGACUACAAACUAUAAAGAUAUUUUUAUUGUCCAUCACUUAGUCAACUGUUAAAGUAAAUUGCUCUCUAUUAUAAACGCAAAGAGGACAUAAUUCGUUUAGUAGGACAUUAAAUAUUGAUAUCAAUCAGUUUUUAAUUUGCUUUACUGUACAAAAGUAGUGCAACAGAAAUAUUACGAAAUGUUUAUGUGAAUAUGCAUUUCAUUUGACUGAACAGAAAUAAGGAAAUAUACCAUGCAGGAAGAGUAAUUUUGCCACUUCAUUUUCAACUCUUCAGAAAACAUGUUUCAAAAUAACUAGCAUAUAUGAAAGAGGGAAGUACUCCUAAUGUAAAAUUGUGGAAAAUUAGUAAUAGAUGUGUAGGAUUCAGUUAAAGAGGUAUUAGUGAUUCCUCAAUGUAAGCUCUAUGUAAUUGGUAAAAUGAGAACACUUAACAGUUUAUCUGUCACUACUUGUAUGUUUGUAAAAUUAAUUUUUUGAGAAAUAUGUAGGGCUGAAAAUUCACUGCACUGAUCUAUGCAGUAUCUGCUGAUGAGGUGUCAGGAGCACCUUUCUGAAUUUGACAGUACUAAAUAGGUUUUUAAGGUCUCAAAGAAAAUUAAGGAACAAUCAAGACCUUUGCAGUGGGAUAGAUGUUGUUAAGUGAGAGAGAUUUUUGCCUUAUUCUUUAGUUUAAAUGUCAAAUGUUGAUUAAACAUUUCUGAACAGGUGUGACUUUACUGGAUUCCAGCCUUAUUCAUAUCCUCGGUGUUUGAGCCCAGACAGUAUCCGUGAGAGGCAAAGGUAUUUUUGAUUAUAAACGGUGGAGUUAGGUUCCGGGUGGUAUUUCUCUCUCUCUGUUUUUGUUCUGACUAUCUUGUAAUCAUCCGUUUGUAAAGGGAAAAAAAUGAAAAUUUGGAAAGCAAUUUUGAUGUAGCCGAGCUAUAAGCUUUUUCUUGGCACUGUUAGCAGCUCAGCCAUCCCUUAGAAGUGCCAUUUUUUCACUGAAUAUUUGUGUCGUGCUAAGCUCUUCUGCUUCCUCUCUCAAACUUUGUCAUAUAUUUUUACUAUGUAGAAAAGCAGUAAAGGAAAAAAUCUAUAAAGCUGCUGAGGUACAAUUUAUCUCAUACCAGUAAUGUAGUUCAGUAUAGAAAAUGCAUAAAACAAUGUUCCAAAAAAAAACCAGUCAUGAGAAUGCAGCUGCAUAGCUAACCUGAAUUAUCACUACAAUAAAUUUUAUUAUACUGUAGUGGCAGUAGGGUUGAGGAGAUGUAGAUAAAACUCUGUUCUAGUGCCUCCCUUGGACCAAAUCUGUGGAAGUCUUUGAAGAGCUUUAAUUUGUAACCUGUAGCCAAUUCAUAAUGUGUCUGGGUUGGAUGUGUUUUGAGCUGCGUUUUUUCUGGCGGAGAUGAAAGUGAUCAGUCCUUUAUCUUGUUUAGUAAUAAACAAGCUUCCUCUUGUUGGGAGACGAGGGGGGAGAUGGAAUAAAAGCUUUUUUUAAACUGUG